CCGCGAGGGCUUCUGGGAGGGGCCUAGGCCCGAGCGGACGCCGGGGAGCCAUGGCGCCACCGGGGAGGAAGCUUCCGGGCGGAGGAAGAGGCGGGAAGACGGCGCCGGCGGUUCAGCCCGUGGCGACCGGGGGCGUCCGCAAAGCGAAGCCCUCCGCCGUGAAGACCUCCCUCGAUAACCCCUACGUGGUCUCCUGGGGCCUUCUGGCCGGGGAGGACACGCGCUUCGUCCUGCAGACGCUCGAGGCCGGGCUGAGGCACGUCGGCCUCCGCAAGGUGGAGGAUCCGAAGAGACGGGGGCGGCGGCGGCGGCCGGCGCGGGCCGGGGGGCCGGGCGCCGAGGGGCCCGGCGAGGCUCCCCCGGCGGAGGACCCGCCGGGGACCGGGUGGACCCCCCCGGGCGUCCGGAGGCAGCUCGCCAUCGGGGUGAACGAGGUGACGCGGGCCCUGGAGAGAGACCAGCUGGCCCUGGUGCUGGCCUGCGGGUCCGCCCGGCCCGCCCUCGUCACCUCGCACCUCAUCCACCUCGGCGCCAGCCGCACCGUCCCCGCCUGCCAGGUGCCCCGCCUCAGCGAGACCGUCGCCCCCGUCCUCGGCCUCGGGUGCGUCCUGGCCCUGGGAUUCAAGAGGGACGCCGCCUCGUUCGCCGAGGAAGUCGAGGCCAUCGUUCCCAGGGUCCCCCGCCCGCGGGUGCCCUGGCUCCCGGAGCCGGACGGCGGGGCGGCUCCGGCGGGCGGUCCCCCGGGGACGCCGGAGGAGGAGGGGGAGGGGGAGGCCGCCGACGCCCCGCCCGGGGGGCCGGCCCGGCGGAAGCGGAAGCGGGAGGGCGAGCCCGGCGGGCACGCCGAGGUCGCCCUGCAGCCCCUGAGGAUCAAGAAGUUGAUCCCCAAUCCCAAUAAGAGAAGGAAACCACCCAAAGGUAAAAAAGGGACAAAGAAAUGAGUCCCGUGGCGGCGUCUUCCCCGCCGCCGGGGCGGGUGGAAAUAAAACGCAUUCCCCGA